GUCACCUGCCGGGGCCCUCACGGGCAAGUCUCCCAACGGCAGGACAACGCUCACCGCGGCUCAUGUCUGUGGAACAGCACCGUGAUCCUGCGUUACCAGCCCGCCCCAGGAGCAAGGCUGAAGCCAGAGAGGACACAGAGGCGGCCACUGCCCCCACCACGCUGUUUCUGGUACCUGAACUCGGCUCUGGUGAGGAACACCUCACGCUGGGCAGGCCAGGUCGUGCUGCAGAUGAGCCUCCUACCAGGAAGCGCUCCUCCACCUCUGGCCUCCAGCCUCCUCACAGUGCAAUGCUCGUCUGCUUCAUGCGCUGCACCCCCGUGCUUUCACCACAACGUGAGCAUCGAGAUGUCCAGGCAGGACAUGCGACUGUUCGUGCUCUGGCCGCAGACGCACCUGAUCCGCGCGUGGCAGCCGGUAGAGCUGGGCUGGUGCGCGCGCCUCAAGAGUGCCAGCUGGCAGUACCGCUUCAGCAGCCAGCGGGGCAGCCCCUCUACCCUUCUGCUUCCCAGCAGUGAGUACCAGGACACGCUACCACCUGCUGCCUACCCAACAGCCGAGUUGCAGCAGACCUGUGCCACCUACUAUAGCUACCGCUUGACUGUGCGCUACAGGCACCUUGGGCUCCACGUUGCUUCAGUCAGCAUCGAGCAGAUGCCUCAGAUAAACCUCAGCCUCUCUCUCAAGGUAGAGCCAGACCUGCUGCAUGUCCUCAGUGUUGGCUCCAAGCUCCUUAGUGUUCAACAGCCCCUCAGCCUCUCCUGGAGGCUUCAGCCCCUUACGCCGAGGAUGCUGGCCUACAGAUUGGUGGACACGCAGGCUAUAGGAGGUUGGCUCCGCUCCUACAGCUCCUUUACUCUGCAGAGCAACUUCUGUGCCGUUGCCACACCACAGAGCCCGGGUGAGGUGGUGGUGGCUAGCAUUUAUUUUCCUGUUGAUGGAAAGAGGUUCAAGGAAUUGAAGGGAGAACUACAUCUCCUCAAUGGUACCCUGAGCCUAAGUGCCGGCAGAGGAACUCCCACCCAUGUCAACCUGCACCCGGGAAAGACCAACAGGGGCACUUACACUUUCAGGUACAACGACGGAACGUUUCACACGACCAAAGAAAACAACAGCCUUAUUUCCACUGAUGGCCCUAACACACACACUGUGUUCUACCAGCACGAGGAGCUCUCCUACCUACUCUCCAUAGAGUUUGUGGCCUUCCAGUGGUACAAGUUCAAUAUGCACCUUUACAUGAAUCAAAAGAGGGCUUUGUUUAGGUCUCUGGCAGAAAGAGACCUUGAAGUCCAUGUUUUCAGCAGCAGCCGUCCUUCUUUUCGGCAGAGCUUUACUUACUUAGUGUGGUUUAUCCCUGCACAACACCCAAUGCUACAGUGCGAGUGGACCUUCCAUCUGCAGCUUUUUGGAACACAAAAAGACCACCUUCUCCAGAAUAGCACGUACACAUACAACGAUCACGUAAGAAACGCCACACGUUUAGUCCGUCGCUCUGCUUUACCCUUUGAUCCAGAGAAAUACACGGGGUUUGUGGCAAAAGUGGACUGUACCAGCAGUGCACGUACACCGGCCCUUUUAGGAGUCAGAGUCAACAACUAUGCUGCAAAAACCAUAGAAGCACCGGUGUCUUGCCAGAAAGAAGCCUGUUACAUAGACACCGUGUGGAUUCAGAAACCUGUUCUUCGCACCUCUGUCCUGCACCAGAAAAGGGGGACAUCUUUUUACCUCUUUGUCAGACUGCUAGUAGACUGCAACGUCGGUAUAUCUGUCAAGCCCUUGUGGCGAAUCUAUCCCGUUCCAGACACAGUGACUAUUCCGGACUGGACAAAACCGAUAAACUCUUCUUUGAUGUAUGGUGUAGACAUGAUACACUUAACUGUUCCCAGUUUCACUUUAGAUUAUGGAUUGUAUCUGUUUUACUUCACUGUCGAGAUAACCCCGAUUGGGACCACGACAGUUCUCAGGGGCUCAGACGAAGUUUAUGUUCAGAUUGACGGCACUGAUCUAGUGGCAAACAUCGCGGGAGGCACAUUCCGCACGGUGGGUUUUGCUGAUAAUUGGACUCUCGAUGGCUCUGCAUCCUACGAUCCUGAUUCAAAGGAAGGACUAAAGGGAAUCACAUUUACUUGGUACUGCACUAAAGAGGUGUCAGACUAUAAGACGAUGAAAGUCAGCCCGGGAAAGACAUGCCAUCCGGCCCAGAAGGAUUUGAAAUGGUUAACAUCCUCAGGUCCAGUUCAAGCAAUGCCACCAGAAUCCCUCCCAGGAAACGCCAUAUACUACUUCCGUCUAGUGGUUCAAAAGGACAGAAGGAGGAGUUAUGCCGACCAAACUGUAGAUGUGCAGCCCGGCUCCCCACUCCUUCUGGGUGUAACAUGCCUUGAAAACUGUGGUAGCAUUCUAAUUCCAACAGAAAGAUUUAGCUUGUCUGGAAAAUGCCUGAACUGUAGAACAGACACCCAGCCAGCCUACUACUGGUCCCUUUUUUCAGAAAACUCUACAGAAAUUAACUUUGACUGGUCUUCCAGAACCUCAACGGGCAGGUCUGGGGCUUACCUGUCUAUACAUGCUCUGACUUUUACAAAGACUGUACAUCGAUCCUACAUACUUCUGUUAAAAGUAACUACCUGGGAUGGUAGGUCCUCCAUCUACAGAUAUGCAUUUAAGGUAAAUUCUCCUCCUAGGCCUGGCAAGUGUACCAUCAACCCACAUAGGGGUACAGCCUUUCUGACAAAAUUUGUUGUUCAAUGCAGUGGAUUUUCUGACAGCAAUUUACCUCUGACAUAUAAAGUGAUAGUAGCUUCCAACGUACGCAAAACUACCAAAAUAACUUCGGUGGAGGAAAAUACGUUCGGCACAAUUCUGUACUUCGGUUAUCAGCCUAAAACGCCGCCAUCCUUUCUCCCAGUUGGAGUGCCCUCUCAGAAGUACAUCUUGACACUUUAUGUUCAAGUCCGCAAUUCCCUCGGGGCGUUCACCCAAGUGAGUUUGCACGUCCGCGUACAGAACCCAGUGAACAGUCGACCACUGGCUGUUGUGUUUCAUGAACUGCUGGCCUCAGUGAGUGGUGUAAGCGCACCAAUGACAACUUAUCUCCAGACUGGAGAUUAUUUUAGCGCAGGUUAUUUGGGUUAUCUGGCAUCCUCAGUCUUAAACUAUAUUAAAGACACACCAACUCUCCAGCUCCCUAAGGCUCACUUUCGGGAAAGUCUGAUUAAAGCAGCCGUGAAUAUUUCAGUUGAGAAUACAAUUGAAAUCAACCAAAUAGUUGCUUCUCUUUCUGAAGUCACAGAGCAAGCUGAAGAAGUGAAUGUUCGAUCACAAGACCUUGCCAUUACGAAACUGACAGAAGCAACGGGAGCGCUGAAGAUACAGAGGAAUGAAAGCCAUUGGUCUGAGGAAGCAGAAAUCCAGACCAGUGGAAUACUAAGAUGCUUGUCCAACAUCCUGAGAGCUGCUCUUCUGCAGCGCAGGAAUGUCAAUGUAAGUGGAGUUAAACGAAUCUUCUCCAUCAUGGAAAAUUUAACGGAGAUAGUAUUCCAGGGCAAAGUCCCUGAAGAAACAGAAACUCUAAUGGAAACAAAACACUGGAAUAUCACUCUGAAGAAAGAUGAAAGCUGGAACAUCGCAAAUGCUUUCUCUACCAGAAACACCUGCAGGAAUUGCUUUUAUCCAUCAAUGAAAAAGGGGAAUUAUUCAGAAUUGCCCCAUGAUGCUGUGAUUUCCACUGCCCUUUUUGAGUUUGAUGAGAACCCCUUCCCUUGGUUAGGUUACACAUCAGAAAUCGCAACAACGGUCUUAGGGUUCAAAAUGGCAGAGACCAGGGCCAACGGGGAUCUACUGGGAAUCGUGCCUGAAGAAGCAGAAGUUACCGUUGCUAGGAAAGAUACGAAACCUUCGACUUUUCCAUUAGCAAUGGGACCCGACAAAACGCAAGAUUACACAAUUGGAGGAUUUAGUUUUGAAGUCAACACAAAUACCAAGAGCAUAUACAUCCAGAUCCUGACAAAAUUAGAAGUUAUUUUUGAGGUGCUAGUAUUUACAGGCACCAAUGUCACUCAUGCUCAUCCCAUAGCCUCGUUUGUUGCUUUUCACAACAUGCCAACAGCUGCAAGCGAGAAUGAGACAGCUAGUGCUGACUGUAAUGUGAAGGCUCCCUAUAUUAUCUGUCUCCCAGAGUCAUUGCUGACAGCCACAGCUCAAGCAAGUGGUAUGGACACUUGUAACAUCUCCAUUGUCUUGCGGACACCCUACGUCGUAAGGUAUCAAACCCAGAGACUGGUAAACAUACACAUUUUUAGUGAUCAGUGCUUAUUUCUGGAUGGGGAUCGAAGCCUGUGGAGAGAAGACACGUGCAGGCUUGGCUCCUUGACCAACUGGCAGAGGGUACACUGCAUCUGCAACGUGAAGCAGAGCGGCAGAAGUCCGUCAGUCCACACCGCGUCAAAUGCACCCAUGUUUGACAUCAGGUUCCUGGCAGCCAAAGUAAUAGUUAUGCCCAACAUAAUAGAUCUGGGAAAAGCCCUGAUAGCAGACGUACCUAAAAACCCAGUGACCCUCUUAACGGUGCUCUUUAUUUUUGCUGCCUACUUUCUUUUGUCCCUCUGGGCCAUGAGAAAAGACAGGGCCGAGAGAGACAGCAAAAACAAGAUUAUAGUUCUGCCAGACAAUGACCCCUUUGAUAAAGUGAAUUUUCUGGUCACUUUAUACACAGGCAGCCGCUGGCAAGCUGGAACCAAAGCAGAUGUCUUUCUCCAGCUCAUUGGCAAGAAUGGCACAAGUGCCGUCCAUUGUUUACGGCACCCACAUUUUCCGUCUUUCCAACAAGGAAGCACUGAUUGCUUUCUCUUAGCUACUAAGAAAGACUUGGGAGACAUUUGUUCCCUCAGAGUCUGGCACAAUAACAAGGGCUCAUCUCCGAGCUGGUUCUUAAGCAGAGCCAAAGUUGAGAAUAUGUCCACCAGGAAGACCUGGUUCUUUAUGUGCAGGAAAUGGCUUUCUCUUGAGAAGGGCGAUGGCUUACUAGAAAGGACAUUUUCCGUCACAGACCCCAAGACACCUCUGCUCAGAAUCGACUAUUUUUUGAUCAAUCUUGCAUACAGCCUGACAGAGCGCCAUCUGUGGCUCUCCGUUUUUGCUCACGUUCUCACUGGCACUUUCAGCAGGCUCCAAAGGUUGUCCUCAUGUUUAGCAAUCCUAUUACUAAACUUGCUUGUUAACAUUAUGUUCUUUAACGCUCACGAGAACAAACAAUUUCCAACACACUUGAGGUAUUUGAGAUCACUAACAUUAGGAUUUCAAUGUGCUUUGCUUACCAUACCUAUGGAAAUGACUAUAAUUGCCUUAUUUAAGUAUUCCCAGAAGGAACCUUCUCCUGGUGGUGUGGCUCAGACAGACCCAAAGAGAGCUUCCCAAAACUGGAGUAAUUGCACAGUUUCUGAAAGAGAUGCAAACGUCAUUGAAACAGAGGAGCAGAUGAUA